GGUUCAAAAUGGCGAUCAUGACAGCACGGUCGGUGUGGCUCGCCGUGGCUCUGCUAGUGUCGAGCGCACACGUCAGCGUGGUCGGUGAACUUGUCGAGCUCGACGAGAACUCGUGGACCAAGCUUCUCGAAGGAGAAUGGAUGGUCGAAUUCUUCGCGCCCUGGUGUCCGGCGUGCAAGGCGCUGGGUCCCGUGUGGAACGACUUCUCGAAGUGGAGCAAAGACCUGGGCGUCAAAGUUGCCCAUGUCGACGUCACUACGAACCCAGGUCUCAGCGGGAGGUUCAUGGUUACGGCGCUACCGACAAUCUAUCACGUCAAAGAUGGCGAGUUUAGGCAGUACCGUGGCACGCGAGACAAGGAGUCCUUCAUCAACUUCAUCGAGGAGAAGAAAUGGCAGAGCAUUGAGCCAGUCUCUGCAUGGAAGAGCCCGCAGUCCAUACAGAUGUCUCUGGUGGCGCAGUUCUUCAAGCUGUCCAUGAGUCUGAGGGCUUUGCACACGACGUUGGUUGACUACUAUGGCAUUCCAUACUGGGGCUCGUACAUACUCUUUGCCCUGGGAACAAUCGUCAUUGGCGCCGUUUUGGGUCUGUUGAUCGUGUGCAUCAUAGACACAGUAUUCCCUCCAAAGCUACCCUCGUACAAACCUGUGAAGAAGUCAGAGUCCGACAACGAAGAGGAGGACGAGAGAAGCGAGUCUGAAGCCGGGAACAAGUCGGACGACGACGUGAUCCUGGACGACACGCCCGAGCAACAGGGCGAGGGUGACGGCUCGGAGCUCAGGAAGCGCAACCCUGAGCCUGUAGCAGCAAAGUGAGCCUCCACAGACUCACAGAUUUUUCGACGACGAUUAGUGACCACCAAAUAAUAAUAUGAACUGCCUUGGCGGAAGGUGCAGAAGAGCUUCGAGGAAAAUUCCUGUUACACGUUGAGACUUCAAGCGCCGGGUUUCGUCGCGCAAUAGGGGGU